AUGAGACAAAGUGUAGCCCUUUUCCGAUCGUUGCUCUCUCACCUUCGUCCUUUCUACUUUUACUAUAAAGCCUCCGCCGCGCCUGCCGCUUCCCGCCGCUCGCUCCACCUCAAUCAGGCGAUCCAUUUCUACUCUGAUCUCUCUGCUGACCUUCUCACCCUCUUCGCUAACCUAUCCAAAAACCCUAACAACCCCAAAAUUCUAUCUUUGGUUGACUCCAUUCUAACCCAAUCUCACCUCCUCGACUCCACAGCCUCUGUCCUUGUCCUUCGUGGCCUCGCCCAGUCCAAUAAGCUCACUCGAGCCAAAAACCUGCUAUCUUCCCUCAGGCAAAGAGGCCAAAUUCCCAUUUUGUUCCUCUACACCAUCGUUCUCCAAUGCCUGCUGCCUCGAAGCCACAUCCGCGAUGUGGAGUGCGCGUGGAGUGAGGUGUUUGGUGAAUCUACUUUGGAGAGAUUCGUGUUCUAUGCUAGCAUGCGGUGUGAUGAUACUUUGGAUGUAGAGCCCCUCUGCCGCCGGCUUUUGUCGUGUCAGUGGGAGCUAAGCCGCAAUGCCUCCACUGCGCUGAUUGGCGCACUUUGUUUGAAGAAGAACCCUGAUCCUGGUUUGGCUCGAGAGGUAUUGAGGGGAAUGGUGGAGAGGGCUUUGGAAGUUGAUGACUUGAGUUACUACACUGUAUUUGGGAGCUUUUGCAGAAUCGGGGAUUUAUCUGGGGCUGAUUCAAUGCUGAAAGAGAUGUAUGGUUUGAUAAAUUGUGGGUUGGAUUUGUUAGUGUAUGAGGAUUUUCUUGGUUGCUUGUGUAAAGCUGGGAAAUUUAGAGAGGCACGUAAGCUGUUCGAUAAAAUGUCGAGGAGUGCUAAACGGCAUGGUUCAAGUUUGGGUACUAAUGUAAAACCUGGAAGGAGGAUUAUCUUUCAGCUAAGCUCUUCAAAUAUGAUAUCUGAGACAAUGGCAUUUGAAGCCUACUUUCGAUCCUUGUGCAGCUAUGGAAGGCUGGAGGAGGCGGAGAGCUUGCUGAAAGAAGCCACGAGGAAAUAUUUAGUAACAGGGGUUUGUGUGAUGAAGUCCUUUGUAAAUGCUCUAUUCAGUGCUGGUCGGCAUGAAGAGGCUAUCAGGUUUUUCAAUGCUGAGAGGAAGAGAAGGGGUGUCUCUGUAGGAGAUCUUGCUACCACAGUUAUCGUUUGUCUCUGUGGCAUUGACAGAGUUGAUGACGGCUAUGAGCUUGGAUGUGAUCUUGUGAAUGAGGGAUAUGUUCUAACUGCAUGGGUUUGGAACCUGAUAAUGAAGAGAUAUUGGGAAGAUGGGAAGACAGAAAAGGCAAUGGAUAUCUUUGAAGGAAUCAAGUUGGGUACUUUAUGUGCCUUUUUGAGGCCUGAUGGUUCUACUUAUGCAAUUAUGAUCAACGGUUUUUUGAGAGUGGGAAUGAUAGAGAAGGCAACUACUGUUCUUGAAGAGAUGAGGAGAGAAAAGUUUGCAGCAAGUGUUGAUCUGUAUCUUGUACUCGUGAGAAAUUUGCAUUUGUGUGGGAGAUCAAAGGAAGCGCUGGGGUAUUUGAAUUAUAUGAUCGAGAAUGGCGUCUUUGUUUCAUAUACUCAGUGGGAAGUUAUGUUCGAGUCUUUAACAUCAAUUAAUUGCGCAAUGAUAACUUCCCAAGAAAAAUCCAGGAAGACAAUGGCUCCAACUAGGUAA